UUUGAAAAACAGUGUGAGGUAUUUGUGCAAAAUCAAGAGAAGGAAGAAAGACAGAAAGAAAGAAAUGGGAAGCAGCAAGCCGCUGGGAACGACCGGAGAGUUUUUCAGGAGGAGGGACGAGUGGAGGAAGCACCCGAUGCUCUCGAAUCAGCUCCGCCACGCCACUCCCGGCCUCGGCAUCGCUCUCGUCGCCUUCGGCGUCUACUUGGUCGGCGAGCAGUUCUACAACCGCGUCAUCUCUCCUCCUCCCUCCUCUUCUCACUGAGAUCGGCUGCUCGGCAAGAGGAAUCGAGUCUGGAGUUUCAUCCUUCAGUGCUUCUUUCUGGUUUUGAAAUUCAAUAAAAAGUAAUCAGUUAACUUUAGCCUAAAAGAACUUGAAGGCUGGGAAUUUUAUUAUGUAGUGGUUUGUCAUGUUUCUACUCUCCCCUGAAUGGCUACAUUUGAAAGUUGCAUAAGUUGAAGCAUGUGUUAUCUUCUGUUUUC